CACGUUUAAUCGUUGACUGUUGACUUGACAGUUGGCCAUUCUGAAUUCUGACAUUUCUGGACUUCUGACUUAAAAAAUUUCAAAAUAGUAUUCGAAAAUGGAUUUGAAGAGUCUUUUAAAGCAAAAAAUAAGAAAAUAUGGAGAAAACCAAAAGACAGACAGGGAAAAUGAGGAAAUUGAAAACACUGAAUUCAAAAAGUACCUUAAAGAAUGGUGUAAAAAAGAGGAGACUAUAGAAAUAGGUAUCCCAAAAUUUUUCAACAAAAUACCCAAAGAAACAGAACCACUUCGGGUACAAUUACGUGAAGAGAGCAGAUCAAAUUUGUUAAAAAGAAAAAGUUUGCAACUUCUAGAUAAUAAUGAAUUACACGAACUUUGGGCUCUUCUUGAUCAGAAUCAAAGUAAUUCAGAGGAACAGUUAAUAAGUUAUGCUGAUUUUCAGAAGGUCUCAAAUUUAGCGGGCCCUAAAGUUAAGCACUAUAUUACCUCUGUAGUAUUUGCUAAGUUACAACAGGGUGAUUCGCAAGGAAGAGUAUCCAUAAUGUCUUUGUUCAAUUAUGUCAUGAGAAAAGUGUGGUUGGAUCAAACUAGGAUAGGUUUAUCUUUGUAUGAUGCUACUGGCCAAGGAUAUCUCACAGAAGCAGAACUAGAGAAUUAUAUUACAGAAUUGCUGCCCACAUUGCCUCAGUUAGAAGGUUUAGAAAAAUCUUUUCACAGUUUUUAUGUGUGCACUGCAGUAAGAAAAAUUCUAUUUUUCUUAGAUGUAGUAAGAGCAGGAAGGGUAAGAAUUUUAGAUAUUUUAGCUUGUUCGUUCCUUGAUGAUUUGCUAGAACUUCGAGAUGAAGAACUAAGUAAAGAAGUACAAGAACAAAAUUGGUUUAGUGCUCCAUCUGCUUUACGAAUUUAUGGACACUAUUUAAACUUAGACCGGGAUCAUAAUGGUAUGCUAAGCAAGUCUGAAUUGGCUGGUUAUGGUUCUGGAACUCUUACAGAACCUUUUUUGGAUAGAGUUUUUCAAACUUGUUUAACUUAUGGUGGGGAAAUGGAUUAUAAGACUUAUUUAGACCUAGUUCUGGCAUUAGAAAACAGAAGUGAGCCACAAGCUUUGGCUUAUAUUUUUAGAAUUUUGGAUAUUAAGAACUGUGGAUAUUUGGACUCUUUUACUUUGAAUUAUUUCUUUAGAGCUAUUCAAGACCAAAUGAAAGUACACGAUGCGGAGCCUGUAUCUUUUCAAGAUGUUAAAGAUGAAUUAUUUGAUAUGGUACGUCCAAAACAUCCAGAAGCAAUUACUCUUCCUGAUCUCUUGGCUUGUGGCCAGGGAGAGACAUUUGUCAGUAUUUUGAUAGAAUUUCAUGGAUUUUGGGCAUAUGAAAAUCGUGAAGCUGUAUCAUCUGAACCUUCUCAGGAUUAAUGUGAUCUAUACAUUUUUACAAGACUGCUAUUUUUACUUUUUUUUUUUUGUUAAAGAGUGCUUUUUAAUAUCAACAAAGAAAAAUAUUUUUUCAUCUACCUGAAAGGAACGCCUUAAAUAAUUGUUGGUGUUAUUUAUUAAUAACAAAUGAAAAUGAAC